AUGAUAUAAUAGAUUUAAUAUUACGAAAAAUUAGAAGAAUUUUUAAGCUCUUCAUUUUAAUCUCACUAGGUUCUUCAUAUUAAUCUAAGUGACAAUUAAAUUAGCAAUUAAUUUGCAUCAGACUUAGGUUCUGCUUUAUCAAGUUGCACUAAUCUCACAAAUUUGACUCUUAAUCUUAUUAACAAUUAAAUUGGUGAUUAAGGUACAUCAGACUUAGGUUCUGCCUUAGCAAAUUGCACUAAUCUCUCAAAUUUGACACUUAAUCUUAGGUACAAUUAAAUUGGUGAUUUAGGUUCUUCAAAAUUAGGUACAGCUUUAGCAAAUUGCACUAACCUCUCAAAUCUAUAGCUUCAUCUUAGCUACAAUUAAAUUAGUGUAACAGGUGCAUCAGAAUUAGGUUCUGCUUUAGCAAAUUGCACUAAUCUCUCAAAUUUGAUGCUUGAUCUUGGUCACAAUGAAAUUAGUGCAACAGGUGCAUCAAGCUUAGGUUACGCUUUAGCAAAUUGUACUAACCUCUCAAAUCUGGCAAUUAAUCUUAGUAAGAAUUAAAUUGGUGAUUAAGGUACGUCAGACUUAGGUUCUGCUUUAGCAAAUUGCACUAAUCUCUAAAAUCUGACGCUUUAUCUUAGUUACAAUUAAAUUGGUGUAUCAGACUUAGGUUCUGCUUUAUCAAAAUGCACUAAUCUCUCAAAUUUGGCUCUUAGUCUUUCUGGGAAUAUAAUUGGUGAUUAAGGUGUAUCAGUCUUAGGUUUUGGUUUAGCAAAUUGCACUAAUCUCUCAAAUCUGACAAUUGAUCUUUAUGAAAAUGAAAUUGGUAAUUAAGGUACAUUAGAUUUAGCUUCUGCUUUAGCAAGAUGUACUAAUCUCUCUAAUCUGGCACUUUAUCUUAGUAACAAUUUAAUUAGUGAUUAAGGUGCAUCAGAAUUAGGUUCUGUUUUAGCGAAUUGCACUAAUCUCUCAAGUCUGACACUUAAUCUUAUUGACAAUUAAAUUGGUGCAACAGGUGCAUCAGACUUAGGUUUUGCUUUUGCAAAUUGCACUAGUCUCUCAAAUUUGAAACUUGAUCUUAGUGAAGACUAAUUCAAUCAAUUAUAAUAAUUGAAAAUAAAAAGCAAAUGUAUUAAAUCUAAAAGAUUAGUUGCCCUUUAAAUACGUUUCUAUUGA